AUGUUCCUUCUACGGCUGCCGGAUGAUAUUCUCCUCCUCUUGGCUGAUAAUCUGUCGCGGGAGAGGGACAUCAAUGCCCUUGCGCAGACUAGCCGUCGACUUUACCCACCGCUAAACCGAUUCCUCUACCAGUAUAAUAUCCGACAGUCGCACAGCUCCGCUCUCCGAUGGGGUGUAUCGGUGGGCUGCGAGGGCACCGUUAGAAAAUGCCUAGAGCUAGGCGCACCUCUUGAUUGUAAGCCCAGGACGGACAUAGACAGCGAUACACCGCUGGUGAACAUUGCAUCCGAAAGAGGCUACGAUCGUGUCUUGAAGCUCUUACUGGACUAUGGCGCCGACCCCAACGAGGAUGGACAUUUUCCUCAGGUUCCCCUUUCGUUGGCCAUUCUAAACGGACAUGAUGCAGCUGUGCGAGUAUUGUUAGCACGAGAAGAUACAAAGGUUACCCUGCCGUCCGGGUUCAGCCAACAACCGCUGCAUUACGCUUUAGGACGGGGAUCUCUGGAAUGGGUUCGACUGCUGCUCGAACGAGGCGCAGAUAUCCAAGAGUAUGAGUCUCGAGGGGCCCGGGCCCUUCACCCAGCCGUGAGAAGUGGAAGCCGAGAUCUAGUCGAGUUCCUCAUCGGUCGUGGGAGCGAUCCACUGGUCUGUUGUGGGUAUACGGCUCUAUCGCUGGCUGCAGUAAUGGGGCACCGGCCACUGGUCCAGUACUUCCUCGCGCAUGGGGUGGACCCGAAUAUCCGGGACCGGGUCGGAUUCACUGCUCUCGGGCACGCGGCCAAGGAAGGCCAUGCAGACGUCGUCGAGACGUUGCUUGCGUGGGGCGUCGACACAGAAAUUCUCGGCGAGGACAGCGAAACGGCUCUAUCCUGGGCGGCCAGACAGAACCACGAAAAGGUGGUGGAUCUUCUACUGCAGCACGGAGCACAUCCGAAUUCGUCCAACUUUCGCGGGAUAUGUCCCAUCUACUGGGCCGUCACCAACGGCUCCAUCACCAUGUUCAAAGCGCUCUUGGCCCAUGGUGCCAGGUUGGACAUUGAAACCGACGCAGGAGAAACCCUCCUCCAUAUCGCCGUAUGGCGGAACGAUCAGCCGCUGGUCGACAUGCUCAUACAGCUGGGCAUCGAUGUGGACAAACGUGACGAGACGGGCCGGACUCCUUUCGCCCUGGCUGCCGCGUGGGGUCAGAUCAAAAUAAUGGAGCUCUUGCUGGUCAACGGCGCCGACAUGACUAUCCGGGAUCACAGCGACCAAACACCAUUGCACACAGCCCUCGCGAGACGUCAAGAUGCCGCCGCCGAGUUCUUGCUACGACGAGGUGCUGGUCCAAAGUUCGCAACUAUCCAUGCUUCCGAGCGACUCUUCUCCGCAGUGGAAGGGGGAAUGGUCCGGGUUACGCAGUUUCUACUGGAGAACGGUGUUGAUCCCGACCCUGUAGAUCAAUGCGGCCGCACCCCCCUGCUUGUUGCCGCUGAGUCUUUCCGGCCGAGUCGCUGCGAGAUAGCUGAUCUGCUGCUCCGGACCGGUCGAGUGAACAUCCAUGCGCGAAAUGCGGAACAUCGCACGGCCCUUAUGCGCGCGACCAUGGAACAGAAUCCUCAGCUUGUACGACUCUUGCUCUCCCACGGUGCCAAUGUCGACGAUAGAGACGAGGACGGGUGGACUUCUCUUGCGAGUGCAUGUGCCUCGGGGGACGAGGAGAUAUGCAGGAUCCUGCUCGAGGCCGGGGCCGACAUCAACAGCCGGGACAACUAUGGGUAUACUCCUUUAUAUCAGCUGCCGAAUGUCAGCGGGCCUCUUUAUGAAUUUUUGCUUGAAAUGGGCGCAAAGCUUUAA